GCGUCCUGAUUGGGCCGGACGACCAGCUCCGCUUUCCCUCUCCCUCCCCCCCAAGCUUUCCUCCAGCGUGUCUCCCUGUUGACCUGGGAGGAGAGUUUUCUUGGCCGGGGGGGGGGAGCGCGGGCAGGGACAGCCCAGAUCUGCCGGAAGACGCCUCUGAGCAGCGUAUCCAGCGAUGCCCCGCUGGCUCGACCCCUGUAACCGGCUGACAGCAGCAGCUCGGGGAAACGACGCGCCACUUUGCCGGAGGAGACCUCGAACGCAGCCGGGGAGAGCGACUUUCUGAACGCGCGGCGGGUUCCCUCGCCCACCUCCCCCCCCCCGGGCUCUGCCUCUUGCACCCGUGUUUUCUCUUCCGCUUCGCUCUUUGUUUCUUUCCCCCGGAGCUGGCAGCGGAGGGGCGCCGCGGCCGCUGCUCGUCAUGGGGCUGCCUACUCUGGAGUUCAGCGAUUCCUACUUGGAUAGUCCGGAUUUUCGGGAGAGACUGAAAUGUCACGAGGUGGAGUUGGAGAGGACCAACAAGUUCAUCAAGGAGCUCAUUAAGGACGGGAGCCUCCUCAUCGGGGCGCUCCGGAAUUUAUCAAUGGCAGUACAAAAAUUUUCCCAGUCACUUCAAGAUUUUCAAUUUGAGUGCAUUGGAGAUGCUGAAACAGACGAUGAAAUUAGCAUUGCCCAGUCAUUGAAGGAAUUUGCCCGGUUACUGAUUGCAGUAGAAGAGGAGAGGAGACGACUGAUCCAGAAUGCUAAUGACGUUUUAAUAGCACCACUGGAGAAAUUUCGUAAGGAGCAAAUAGGUGCAGCAAAAGAAGGAAAGAAGAAGUUUGACAAAGAAAGUGAAAAGUAUUAUUCAACGUUAGAGAAGCACUUAAAUAUAUCCGCAAAGAAGAAGGAGUCACACCUCCAAGAUGCAGACUCACAGAUUGACAGAGAACACCAGAAUUUUUAUGAAGCAUCGUUAGAAUAUGUCUUUAAAAUCCAAGAAGUGCAAGAGAGAAAAAAGUUUGAAUUUGUUGAGCCUCUUUUGGCAUUUCUUCAGGGAUUAUUUACUUUUUACCAUGAGGGAUAUGAGCUGGCCCAGGAGUUUGCACCAUACAAGCAACAGCUGCAGUUCAACUUACAGAAUACACGGAAUAAUUUUGAAAGCACGAGGCAGGAAGUAGAACGACUUAUGCAGAGAAUGAAGUCCGCCAGCCAGGAUUACAGGCCACCAAGCCAGUGGACAAUGGAAGGGUACCUCUACAUACAGGAGAAACGACCUCUAGGAUUCACCUGGAUAAAACAUUAUUGUACCUAUGACAAAGGGACAAAAGCAUUCACAAUGAGCAUUUCUGAAGCAAAAUCUGGAGGGAAAGUAAAUGGUCUUGUGCCAAAUACACCAGAAGUGUUCAAGUUGAAAUCCUGCAUCCGGAGAAAGACGGAUUCAAUUGACAAGCGCUUCUGUUUUGACAUUGAAGUAGUUGAAAGGCAUGGGAUCAUUACACUGCAAGCUUUUUCUGAAUCUAACAGGAAGCUAUGGCUGGAAGCAAUGGAUGGGAAAGAACCAAUUUAUACUUUGCCAGCUAUUAUUAGCAAGAAAGAAGAAACAUUCCUAAAUGAAGCUGGUUUUAACUUCGUAAGGAAAUGCAUCCAUGCAGUGGAGACGAGAGGUAUCACAAUCUUGGGGUUGUACAGAAUAGGUGGCGUGAAUUCCAAAGUUCAGAAACUGAUGAAUACCAUAUUUUCUCCGAAAUCUCCUCAUGACAUGGACAUCGAUUUGGAAAUGUGGGACAAUAAAACUAUAACAAGUGGGCUGAAGAACUACCUCAGGUGUCUUGCAGAGCCAUUGAUGACCUACAAGUUACACAAGGAUUUCAUUGUUGCCGUUAAGUCUGAUGACCAAAAUUACAGGGUGGAAGCAGUCCAUGCACUCAUUCACAAACUGCCAGAGAAAAAUCGAGAGAUGCUGGACAUCCUGAUCAAGCAUUUGGUCAAGGUAUCAUUACAUAGUCAGCAAAAUCUCAUGACCAUCUCCAACCUUGGUGUUAUUUUUGGCCCCACACUGAUGAGAGCCCAGGAGGAGACCGUGGCUGCAAUGAUGAACAUCAAGUUUCAGAAUAUUGUGGUUGAGAUUCUCAUCGAGCAUUAUGACAAGAUAUUCCACACAGCCCCAGACCCCAACAUCCCUCUUCCACAGCCUCAAUCCCGGUCAGGCUCAAGAAGGACAAGAGCAAUCUGCCUCUCCACAGGCUCUCGCAAACCCAAAGGACGGUAUACCCCAUGCCUGGCAGACCCAGAUACGGAUUCAUACAGCAGCAGUCCGGACAGCACACCCAUGGGCAGCAUAGAAUCACUUUCAUCUCACUCAUCAGAACAAAACAGCACCACAAAACCUGCAUCUUCUCAGCCCAGGGAAAAAGCUGGAGCGGUUCCAUGGAUUGCCUCGCCCCCAUCAUCCAACGGACAAAAAAAUUCAGGCCUUUGGACCCCAAAUCCUGAAUCUUCCUCAAAGGAGGAUGCAGCAAAAACGGACUUGGAAUCUGACUGUCAGAGUGUUACCUCUAUCACCAGUCCAGAGAACAUGACUCCACCAAUAGACCUGACCAAAAGAGGUCUAUAUAGUCUCUCUGGAACGAAAUGGUCAGUGGCUUCAUCCAUCCGGUCAAUCCCUUCGACUGAAGGUAUCAAAAGCUGCAGUGGUUCAGUACAGAGCUUAACUUCUCUCAAUGCCAAGGAGACGCCAAAGGUCCCAGUAAAUCCAGACCUACCCCCCAAAAUGCGCAGAAGACUACGACUGGAUACGACAUCAAGUAAUGGCUAUCAGAGACCAGGGUCUGUGGUAGCUGCAAGAGCCCAGCUGUUCGAAAGUGGUUGCUCACUUAAACAGACUCCUCCAGGAAGGCAAGCCAAAGCGAUGUAUUCCUGCAAGGCUGAACACAGUCAUGAACUCUCCUUUCCUCAGGGGGCCAUAUUUUCCAAUGUGUACCCAUCUGUGGAACCAGGAUGGCUCAAAGCAACAUAUGAAGGCAAAACAGGACUUGUUCCAGAGAAUUACGUUGUCUUUCUCUAGUAAUACUUAGCAGACAGCAGCAUCUUCAUGGUAUCCAUGGUAACAAGCAAUAAGCACUGUGAUUUUUUUUAAUCUGACACAAAUAUGGGGGUCUGCCUGUUAGCCCUGUGUGUGGUAGAUUUCCUUCAACUUCUGCAACUGCAGACUAUGUUGCUCCUUAUAAAUGGAACAAAUCUAAUGGAAAUAGUCAACAGGGUUUGUUUUGUUUGGAAUUGAAAAUGGUACUGUUUCAGUCAUCUGCUGUUGGUAAUUGGAAAUUCAUGUUCUUUUUUAUUUUUGAACAAGAAAUUAAAUCAGCCAAAGAUAAGAAGCUGAAAUGAAUUAACAUUGUUUGGGAAACCUGCUUCUUUUUUCCAGCUGAGCAAUUGAUUCUCGAUUGGUCUCAGUCAUUUCACGGCAGUCUUUGAUCUACUUUAUUAUUUAAACUUUUAAUAAAUGUCCACAGAGACCACACUGUGCAGGUGCAAUGCAUGUAAUUUUAGGGCUACAAACACAAUUUUAGUUUGAGCACCAAUUUAAUCUAAGUGUGCUUUUCAUUUUCAAAAGGUAUUUUUAAAUACAAUGUAUUGUGUGUAUGUUCACUGCUUUGUGUUUUAUCCAUAUAAUUAUUAAUAAAUUAUAUUUAUAGA